AUGCACCUCCCAAGGCUCUUCGCUUCAGGACUGGUCCUGUUAGCAGUUCCCACAGCCGUCGCCGCCAGAAGAGGCGGAGGUGGAACCGACACCGAUACAUCAAGCGAUGGCGACGGAGACUCCUCCAGUGACCCCGAAGGCACCAGCACCAUUGGCGGCAGCAGUUCAAGCUGCCCCGCCACAUCAGAUGUACUGUACAAGAGCGAUCUUGUGCCCCUCAGCGCCUACAACUGGACGAGCAACGCCGUCGGCGGAAACCCAACCACAUACGACGGAUCCUACUUCCAGGGCGAGGCAUUCCUGCAUUGGCAAUUCACCGCAGGCAGGCAAUGCCGGAACAGCACCGGCUCCGUACGAAUGCUAGGCUACGCAUGGGUUGGCCCGCAGCCGCCGUACCCCACAGGCCCAACGAACCCGCUCAUCAUCGGGUUCAAGGCGUGGCAGACUAACGAGGCGCUCGCGAACAUCACCUUCUCGUACGACUUCCUCAACGACGGGCUCUACUGUCCCACGGAGCCGGAUCUCGUCAAGGUCCAGACCAGCGAUGGAUGGACGGACUACCAGGCUAGUACCGAUAUCCCGCGCGCGGACCGGGCUCGGGCGCACGAUGUCUUUAAUUUGGACCUGGCGCCUGACGCGGAGCGACCGGACUCUGUCCUGUUCAAUGGGAGCUUGGUACCGGAUCUCAAGCCGGAGCCGAAAUACACGGUCGAGAUUCUCUUGCCUGCGUCGGCUUGCAAUCAACCAUCGCGACUGUCGCUUGGAUACACGGAUGGGCUAAAUAUGUCUGGGUCCCUGACGAAUACGACUCUGGAGUUGAGGAUGGCUGGGGAGGGGAACGCGUCUUACUCCUCUGCCACUGGGGAGAGGCCUCGUGCGAUGUUUAAUAUCACUUUCUCCGGAACGUUUGAUAGCAGGAACUCGACUCGGGCUGUGGCGAUUAAGCAGGAUGCUCAGCCUAUGGUGUCUUGGGUGGAUAAUGGGGCUAUGAUGCAUGGCUCUGUGAGCUGGGUGCUGAAGUUGGUAUUCAUGGGAUGGGUUGCCUGCUUUGUCUGCUGA